UACUCAUUCAAUUCAAUGCAUCCAUCGUCGUCAUCUAUUGCGAUUGUACCUUCCCUAUGUGAACAGUGAUUUUUCCUCAACAACCCUCUUUUUUUCCUUGUUCAACUGUGCUGCACUUUCUCAAUUCAGUUGGUGCUGAAUCGAAGGUGUAUUCUUUCUGGUUUGCGAAUCAUUUCAACUUUCUCAGAAGAAGAUUCAUAUUCCUUUUCAAGAUUAGUGUUUAGAGAUGGCUUUAUAUGAGCAUUCAGAUGUUUUUCAGUGGGGUCUCAAUCUUCUUGACGGUGACCCUGCUUAUAGUCCUGGAUACAAUAGCAACAUAAUUCAAAAGGAUGAUAAUGAAUGUAACAAUGAAGAGACUGAUGGGAUGAUUACCCGUAAACUUCAAGAAGAGUUUUCACAGCUAGAGAUUGCCGAAUAUUCAGGAUAUUUACAGGGAGGUGAACAACAGUUCCAUGUUCCUGAUACUCAGCCUGCAUAUGAUUGGAAUAGCUCUUCAAUGGUGAACUAUUGUUCAGAAGGUUAUGAUUAUGCCCAAGAAGGAAUUGGUAAUGGAGAACCCUCUAGUUCAUGUUCUAGUCCUUGUGAAACAGAGGAAUAUUCGUUAGAGCUAACUGACAAUUACCCACUUGAUGAUGAAGUAGGAAGGAGAUUGAGUCAAAUGAUACCAAUUCAUCAUGUUCCAAAAAUUAAUGGUGAAAUUCCUUCAAUUGAUGAAGAAACUUCAGAUCAUCAAAGGCUUCUGGAUAGAUUGCAGUUACACGACUUCGUGGAGCACAAAGUACAAGGUGAUGGGAAUUGUCAGUUCCGUGCACUAUCUGAUCAAUUGUAUCAUGCACCUGAUCAGCACGUGUUUGUGAGACGACAAGUUGUCAAUCAGCUUAAAUCUAACCCAGAGAUUUAUGACGGAUAUGUUCCCAUGGAAUAUGAUGACUAUUUGAUCAAGAUGUCUAAGAGUGGCGAAUGGGGUGAUCAUGUCACUCUCCAAGCAGCUGCAGAUUCGUAUGGUGUGAGAAUAUUUGUGAUAACUUCUUUCAAGGACACCUGUUGCAUAGAGAUACUUCCUCAUUUUGAGAAGCCAAAAGAAGUGAUUUUUCUGAGUUUCUGGGCAGAGGUGCAUUACAACUCCAUUUAUCCCCAAGGAGGUAUCAAGACUCUAUCUACAAGUUUUGAGGUUUUAGAUAUACCAUCAAGUGGAUCUAGAAAGAAGAAAAGGUGGUGGAGUUUUGGCAGUAAGCAUUAGAGUCUUAGCUGGCCUAGUAGGCACACACCCAUUUUGAAGUAUAAUUUUCCUUCUUCAAGAUAGAAUUUAUGUCCCCAUGAUAAUUUAGCUGGCCUUUUUUUAUAAUUAAUUUUAUUUAUCUUUUUUA